CUCACGAUCCAGAGACUAUAUCAGGCUAGAGGAGGCUGAUUUGCAGCAAAGAGCUUCAGGGAUAGGGAGGAAGAAACACCCAGGGAGAGUGAGGUGUGUUUCCCCCCUCACCCCAGUCUUGUCUGCCCUUCACAAGGAAUGGAGACCCCACCAACCUCAGCCUGCCUGAUCUUCCUCAUCUUGCACCUCGCAGCUGGGACCUUCGCAAAGCCGCAAUAUGUGGUGGUGUUUCCAGCUGAGCUCUACCAUUCGCACACCGGGAUGGUGUCAGUCCACCUGGCCAAACUCAGCAAGACUGUCCAGGUGAUCAUCCAGCUGCAGAGGAAGAGUGAGCCCAGCAAUAUCACCCUGCUGAAGAGAGUGGUCCAGGAGUUCCAUCUUCAGGAAACCGUGCCUUUUCCAGUUCCAGCCCCAGCUACUGGGGGGGAGGAAGUUGCCCACCUGCACGUCUCAAUUGAAGGAGAUUCCCUGAAGUUCUCUGAGCGGAAGAAAGUGCUGCUGAAAGCACUGGAGCCUGGGACCUUCGUACAGACAGACAAACCCAUCUACAAGCCUGGACAGACAGUGAAGUUUCGAGUCGUCAGUUUGGAUAAAGACUUUGUCCCCAGUAACAAGGAGGUGACCCUGGUGACCCUCCAGGAUCCCAACGGGAACCGCAUUGCUCAGUGGCGAGAUGUGGCUCCACAGCAGGGCAUCGUGGACUUGUCCCUCCCCUUGCCCACAGAGCCGGCCCUGGGGACGUACUCCAUCAAUGUGGAGGACACUAAGCACUUCUUCAGCGUGGAGGAAUGCGUGCUGCCCAAGUUUGAAGUGACCAUUGAGCUGCCCCCUGUGCUGAAAGUGCUGGAUGACGAGCUCCAAGUGCGAGUGUGUGGCCGAUACACCUAUGGGAAGCCCGUGCUGGGGAAGGUUCAGAUCAGCCUGUGCCGGCAUCGGCUUCAGUAUCAAUGGCCCCAGAUCCAUCUCACUGAAGACCCAUCCAGGGAGCCAUGCAUUGAGUUUGAUAGCCAAACAGAGAAGAAUGGCUGCUUUUCCUUAAAGCUGGGGACAGCUCCCUUCAGCCUGACCUACUCUGGCUACCAAAUGAGCCUCGAAGCCAAGGCCUCACUACAGGAGGAUGGGACAGGGGUGGAGCACAAUGCAACCAAGAGCUGCAAGAUUGUGUCUGAUGUGGCCACAUUGACAUUUGAAGAUGCUGACACUUUUUACAAGCCUGGAAUCCCCUACACUGGCAAGAUGUUCCUGCAGGAUGCAGGUGGUUCUGCCCUGAAGAAUGAGGAGCUGCAGCUCUUGAUUACUGCUGAAGCAGUGAGCAAGACCCAAACUGGGAAGUUCAAGGAAGUAGUUCACACCCAUCAGGAGGGGAGAAUCUUUCCCAGGUACCCUGAGACCAUCCACCUCCUAAAGCCCUUCUACUCUGAGAGCAGAAGUUUCCUGAAGAUCCGUGCACCAGGAGGGGUGAUGCCCUGCGACCAGACCCAACAGCUCCAGGUGGAUUACAUCAUUGCCAGGACAGCCAUGGGGGAUGACUCCAAAAGUCUGGAUUUCAUCUUCCUGGUUGUGGCCAAGGGAGCCAUCAUAAGGAGCCUUUGGAAAGGACUAGACUUUGGAGAGGGGGCUGAGCUGAAGGGCUCCUUCUCCAUUGAGCUGCCUGUUGGGGCUGAGCUGUCACCCUCUGCCAAGGUGCUGGGUUAUACAGUGCUGCCCAAUGGAGAGAUGGCUGCCGAUAGCACUGAGCUUCACAUGACCAAGUGCUUCCCGAACACGGUGAAGCUGGCAUUCUCGGAGGGCAGGGCCCUGCCAGGCUCACAGCUCAACCUUCAGGUGCAGGCUGCCCCUGGCUCUCUGUGUGCUGUCCGUGCCGUGGAUCAGAGUGUGCUGCUCAUGAAACCUGAGACUGAACUCAGUACUGAUACAGUCUAUAACUUGCUCCCUAAAUUUCCCGAAGACUACCCCAUUGCUGCUCAAGAUUCACCUGACUGCCCAGAAAGGCGCUGGAGGCACAUGUGGUUGAGAAAGAGGGAUCACCUGUGGUUUAACUCCUACUUCUUGUUUCAGGAUGCAGCCUUGAAAUUAAUCACCAAUGCUAACAGUGUACAUUCUUGCAAAACAGAGGUCCAGACUCUACACACUGACAAUUUUGAAAAAGAGACAUUCAUGGUCUUCCAUAAUCAAGCAGUAUCAGUGUAUUUCUUCAUGCUUUCCAAGACAACUGAGGUAUUAGAUGUCAAUCAUGUGCUAGUGUCCAACAGUGAAGAGAAGACAGCCAUGAGAACAUACUUCCCAGAGACGUGGCUGUGGGACCUGGUCCCUGUAGGCGAGGGGGGCUCCAAGGACUUCCCAGUCACCAUCCCUGACACCAUCACAGAAUGGAAGGCCGGGAUGUUCUGUACAGCAGGUGUUGGUUUUGGACUCUCCCCCAUGGCCACUUUGACAGCCUUCAAGCCAUUCUUUGUGGAGCUGGCCUUGCCAUACUCUGUGAUACGGGGAGAGGCCUUCACCCUAAAGGCCACUGUCUUCAACUACCUGCUGCAAUGCAUCAAGGUGCAGGUGACACUGGUGAAGUCUACGCAGUUCCAGGUACAGGCUGUCGGCGAGAGCGCUUACACCAGCUGCCUCUGUGAAAAUGAGGGGAAAACCUUCCAGUGGGAGGUGACGGCCACCAGCCUGGGGGAGGUCAACUUCACCAUCAGCACCAAGGCCCUGCAUACUGAGGAGCUGUGCCACAAUGAGGUGGUUGUGGUGCCUACCCAGGGACAAGUGGACACUGUCAUAAAGCCCCUGCUGGUCCAGCCAGGUGGGAUCCUGAAUGAGAAGGCACACAGCUCCCUGCUCUGCCAGGAAGCGUCAGACAAAGUCUCCCUGGAGGUUCCUGGGAACAUUGUGGCAGGCUCUGAGCAAGCCCACAUGACUGUCCUGGGUGACAUGAUGGGCACAGCUCUGCAGAACAUCGACCACCUGCUGGCCAUGCCGUAUGGCUGUGGAGAGCAAAACAUGGUCCGUUUUGCUCCCAACAUCUACAUCCAGCAGUACCUGGAGAAGAGUGGACAGCUGACCCCAGAGAUCAGAGACAAGGCCCAGGGCUUCCUGAGGAGUGGGUACCAGCGCGAGCUAACAUUCAAGCAUGAUGAUGGCUCUUACAGUGCUUUUGGAAAGAGCGAUGCCACAGGCAACACCUGGCUGACAGCCUUUGUCCUCAAGUGCUUUGGUCAAGCCAGACCCUACAUCUUCAUUGACCAGGAGCACAUCGAAGAUGCCCUCAGAUGGCUGCAGCAGCACCAGCUGGAGAGUGGCUGCUUCCAGAGUGUGGGCAAACUACUGAACAACGCCCUGCAGGGCGGCAUCUCAGAUGAGAUCUCUCUCUCUGCUUACAUCACAGCUGCGCUGCUGGAGCUAGGACAGGCACUCACGGACCCCAUGGUGAGCAAGGCUCUCCAGUGCCUGCGGAAGUCCUCAAGCACCAGUGACAUCUACACACAGGCGCUGCUGGCUUACUCCUUUGGGAUGGCUGGGGAUGCAGAGCUGCGGAAUGCCCUUCUGACGAGCCUGGCCCGGCACAGCGCUGGCACUGGGGGGCAGCUCCAUUGGGAGAGGAAGGUGAAGCCCUCGCCUGGCACCGAGUCCUCGUGGGCCCAAGCCCUGUCAGCAGAAGUGGAGAUGACUGCGUAUGUCCUCCUGGCCUAUCUCUCCCCGCCCAAAGUGUCCACUGCUGACCUGGCCACUGCCUCCCAGAUUGUCCGCUGGCUCAGCAAGCAGCAGAACCCCUAUGGCGGCUUUGCGUCCACACAGGACACGGUAGUCGCCCUGCAGGCCCUGGCCAAAUACGCAGCUUUGACAUACAGCACGAGCGGGGACAUGACAGUGACAGUGAAGUCGCAGGGCAGUUUCCAGCAAGAAUUCCACGUGGACAACACCAACCGGCUGGUGCUGCAGCAGGCGACCCUGCCGCAAAUCCCUGGGGAGUACACAGUGACGACCCACGGCCAGGGCUGUGUCCUGGUGCAGCUAACCCUGCGCUACAACCUGCCGCCCCCGAACAGCGCUGCAACCUUUGACCUGCGUGUGGAAACAGACCCAAGGAAAUGCACUGGGAGUGCCAGAGCUGGCUUCAACCUCAUCCUGCACACCAGGUACAGUGGGGGACGUUCAGCCACCAACAUGGCCAUCCUUGAGGUCAAGCUGCCAUCUGGUUAUAUCCCUGACAAGAAGUCUGUGAAGAAGCUGAUGCAGCACUAUUUGAUGAAGAGGCUGGAGGUUCAGAAAGACCAGGUGAUUCUCUACCUGGAUGAGCUGACUAAGGCCACAGUGAGCUUCACCUUCUCCCUGAAGCAGGAUUUCCUGGUGAAGAAUCUCAAACCAGCUGCAGUGAGACUCUACGAUUACUACGAAAAAGGUGAGCAUGCAGAAGCUGACUACAGCGCCCCCUGCAGCUAAGCCUCCCAAAGCUGGCAUCUAAGGGAUAUUCUCACGGAAUUCACUGCCCUGCCAACCAGUUCCCUCCACACCCAUGAGCAGUCAGACACUCAAGGAUCUGUGGGGCUGACAGGCCUCUUCUCACCUGCUACUCCUAACUGCACCCUCCCCUCAACUUGGGCUGGACAAUCUGCAGCAGAGCAGACCUGACAUGGACUCUGAGCAUCCUCCUCCAACAACACAUCUCAGCUUGUUCUGGAAAUGUCCUCUUGUCCUCUCAGUCUCCAAAAAUGCCAGCAAAACCAAAGGAUCUGCAUGUGGGGUCAGUAGGUACAGUAUGGAUAUUUGGGUCUUGCUGCCUGUCAUGCCAGAAGCUACUCGCUAGACCUAGUGAAGUGUCGACCCAAGUACAAGGCUGCUUUCUUGCUGUGCCUGUCUGUCUGCCUCUGGUGGGAGCUGGCUGUGACCCUGAAUAUAGGACAUGGUUUCCCCAAUGUCAUGGGUCUUUCUUACCUUUUCACACAAGUGUAGACACAUGAGACAGAGCACCAUAUUCCAUGUGCUGCAUUUAACUGCUGUGAAUAGAAGAUUUGCCUUGUCUACAUGAAAAAGAGCAGGUUUAGUUCAAGCACAAUAAGCCACUAUCUUAAAAAAGCAUAUCUACACUGUGAACUAUACUGGUUACAAACUGAUGUAUCAUAACUAGUCAAUUUUUUUUUUAUAAAACACCUUCCUUUUCCUGUUAACUCUGGGUGCAUCUACACAUGAAAUUAAUGCAAUGCAAUAAACUCUAGAGUAAUUUGCACCAGAGUCAACUGCUGCUGAGCACAGCAUCUACAUGUGCGUCUGGGAUAGCAGCAAUUUGAUGCUUCCAAAUCUAAUGCGCUUUUUGGAGAAAUAGCAUCUUUCUGAUAGAUUUGUGCCUGUUCUUUCAGUUAAGGUUUCUUAGGAACUGUGGCCAGAAUGGCCUAUGAGAUUGACUCCAGACCAUGUAUACAAUGAGCUGCUAAGUCUCAGCACAGGGCACCACCAGUGUCCAAGUUCCCUGAGAUGGCAGGGAACUGUUUAGGUCAAAUAUACCCUACAUCAAGGGAGAACAUUUUCCUGACCCUUACAGGUGAUAGGCUACAUUUCUGAAGCACCAGAUGUGAUACUGAUCAUUGGCUUCCUGCAGACCCACCUGCGUGCUGACUGAGCAGCUCUGGCAGGCCUAGUUUACUAUGAGCUACUAUGAUGCAGUCAUUGACAUGCUGAAGUUCUCAAAAGAUGAUGUAAAAUCUCCACCUUUUGACCAUGAGCUUGCAAAGUAAACAGGCUUCUGUCUAGAAA